GCAUCAGGAAUACAAAUAAACAAGACUGAAAGUCCAAAGACAAAGCCAGAGAAUAGCACACUUCUCUUCGGGCAGACUUUUACAGACCAUAUGCUGGAAGCUGAUUGGAGUCAGGAGAAGGGAUGGGCUACCCCUGUCAUUAAACCUUACGGAGACAUGGCUAUGGACCCUGCUUGCACCGUGUUCCACUACGCAAUGUGCUGUUUCGAGGGCAUGAAGGCAUACAAAGG